GUAAGUGUCCUGGGAACCCCUGCAGAGGAAGAUGGUGGUGGCAAAAUUGAUUUAAUCGAAGCAGGGGCUUUUCAAAACCUUGAUGUUGUUUUCAUGGCCCAUCCAUCCCAAGAGAAUGCUGCUUAUCUGCCAGAUGUGGCUGAACAUGAUGUGACUGUGAAGUACUAUGGAAAAGCAUCUCAUGCUGCUGCUUAUCCCUGGGAAGGAGUAAACGCCUUGGAUGCCGCUGUUCUGGCCUACAACAAUCUGUCUGUGCUGAGGCAGCAGAUGAAACCAGCCUGGAGAGUUCAUGGUAUUAUAAAAAAUGGUGGUGUAAAACCCAAUAUCAUUCCCUCUUAUUCGGAAUUAAUCUAUUACUUCCGUGCUCCCUCAAUGAAAGAACUUCAAGUUUUGACCAAAAAGGCAGAAGAUUGCUUCAGAGCUGCAGCUUCAGCUACAGGGUGCACAGUGGAAAUUAAAGGUGGAGUACAUGAUUAUUACAAUGUUCUUCCCAAUAAGACCCUGUGGAAAGCUUAUAUGGAAAAUGGGAAAAAGCUGGGAAUAGAAUUCAUUUCAGAAGAUACCAUGUUGAGUGGCCCUUCAGCUGGGGGUACGCCGGAGCUGGUGGGGCGGGGGGCUGGCGGAGACUGCCCCGAGAGCACUUGGCCAGGGACCGCGGAGCUCAGCACUGAAGAUGAGGGUCUUGGUGUCAAGGCUGUCCUCGUGGGUCUGGACAUUCUCCCCCGCAGGUUUCCGAAGAGCAGCGUAGGAGGGAGGACACGCGGCCGGCCCUGCCCCAGGCGUGGGUGCUGCGCAGCCUGCAGAACACCAGGGAAGCACAAGCGUCGUCUGGGCGCGGUGUGCAGACCCUGGGGUCUAGCGCCGCGCCACGUGAGGUCUGGAACGUGCCGCGGCUGCCCACCGUGCUCCGCCGCGAAGGAGGGUGACCUAACUGUGGGAGCCUGUGCUGGAGGAAGUCGGCUCUGCCGAGGCGGCGACGCCGAGGGCGAAGCGCGAGUGGGAGGGCGGAGAGGCGGAGAGCGCGUGCGCGGCAGGGCCCGGGCGGAGAGGCGGAGAGAGCAGCUCGAGUCUUCGUCAACGUGGAGGUGUUUUACCUGUUUUCUCCACCCUGCAGGGUCCCAGGAAGCUCAGUUCUACACCUUGAGGACUGCCAAGGCUCUGGCAAUGACCGCGCUGGAUGUGGUUUUUAAGCCAGAGUUGCUGGAAAGAAUCAGAGAGGACUUUAAGUCGAAACUUCAAGAAGAGCAGUUUUUAAAUUCAGUAGAAUAAAAGGAAGAUUCAGGAGCCAUUUAUGAACUGUUAAGAAGAUGGUUUUUGUCUUUAAUGUUUUUUUAAUGAAGGGGAGGACAUGCUUGUUUUUAAAUCUCGUGGCCAGGUUCCUUACCUGAUAAGUGAGGCCGGGAUGUGGGAAGACGCAUCACCUCAUAUCGAGAGUGAAUCUUGCGCAUCUAAACUUGAUGGAAUGAUGCUAUUUCAGGAGCUGGUACAUGAUGUCAUUUCUUAAACAGGCUGGAUGACGUCAGUGAUAAUAUUUUGUAAACAUAUAUUGUCUAUAAAGCCCAAGAGAUUUCAAACCGUUAGAAUUGACACCCCAAAAAAGUUUUGUGCUAUAGGGUGAUUCACUUGUUCUCCAAACCACUAUAUACAUAAUUAUACACCUACACACACGUGAACAUUAUGCCUCUACUAGAUUGUAUAUAUGGAGCCAGUGUCUUUUUAAUAUGCAUGUAUUUGGGUAUUUUUAAAUUCUUUUGUCCUUUUUUGGAGGUAGGCUCUUGCUCUUGCUCUGUUGCCCAGGUUGGAAUGCAGUG